UCUUGGUGGGCGUUGUCCCCAACACAUUACACCCACGGGCAAGAACACUUUCCCACCAGAGGCACCUGGCCCAGCAAUGCGCAGGGAAUCCUCGGGUCCACCGAAGGGUCCACAAUGUGGAGGGGUUUGGGUUAGAUGUAAAGGGGAGAGAGGUAGUGUCCUACCUCAGGGCAGUUAGAGGUGGAGCGGGAUAUUUAUGUACAAGAUGGCAUCCAGUACCAAGUCAAGACGUGUAGAUAUGAGCACCUCAAGGGUUCAGGCAGCCUGCAAGGCUGAAUCUCGCCCCUCCCGGUACCCUUCCUCCAGAGAUCCCUCUUGGCCUGUUUAGCAGUGACUUGUACACAUUUUCCGAUUUCCUGUGAGCCUCCGCCCUGUGGCAGCAGCGGGGUGACUCAGGACCCUGGUGGCCAGCAGGCCCCUAGCUCUGGGGGAGCUUUGUUUGCUCAGGCCUUUGGCUCUGGCCUUCUUGCCUGGGGCGGUCAAAGGAUUUCCUGAGCCUCGCCCUCGCCCUCACCCUCUGACAGCUAAGGCAGAGCCAGCCAGCCUAGCUGAGGCCUGGAGUUGGGGGGUUGGGGGGCCCCUAAACUGAGUAGCCAUUCUUUCAUGGGGCUCGGGAGAUGGAACACAGAGAGCCUGGCACUGGCCAGAGGCCCCCUGAGGAUGAGAAAGAGAUGAUCCGUCGGGCUAUCCAGAAGGAGUUGAAGAUCAAGGAGGGCAUGGAAAACAUGCGGCGUGUGGCCACAGACCGGCGCCACCUGGGCCAUGUGCAGCAGCUGCUGAGGGCCUCCAACCGCCGCCUGGAGCAGCUGCAUGGCGAGCUUCGGGAGUUGCAUGCCCAAGUUCUGCUGCCAACCUCAGCCGAGCCAGUGGCCUCAGGACCCCGGCCGCGGGCAGAGCAGGCAAGGGCCCGGCACUUGGAGGUUUUACAGAGGCAGCUGCAGGUGGAGCUGAAGGUAAAGCAAGGGGCUGAGAACAUGAUCCACACGUGUGCCAGCGGCACCCCCAAGGAAAGGAAGCUCCUGGCGGCUGCCCAGCAGAUGCUGAAGGAUAGCCAACUGAAGGUUGCCCUACUCCGAAUGAAGAUAAGCAGCCUGGAGGCCAGCGGGUCUCCAGAGCCAGGCCCUGACUUGCUAGCAGAGGAGCUGCAGCACCGCCUGCGAAUCGAGGCCGCUGUGGCUGCAGGAGCCAAGAACGUGGUGAAGCUGCUUGGUGGCCAGAGAAUGCAGGACCGCAAGGCAUUGGCCGAGGCCCAGGCCCAGCUCCAGGAGUCCUCCCAGAAGCUGGACCUCCUGAGACUGGCCCUGGAGUCACUGCUGGAGAGGCUGCCGCCCACCCAUUCCCUGCGCAGCAGGGUGACCCGAGAGCUGCGGAUGGCUGUGCUCGGGAACCCCCAGCCUUUGGGGACACUUGUGAAACCUAUUGCCCUGACAGGCACCCUGCAGGUUCACCUCCUGGGCUGUGAACAGCUGCUGGCAGCUGUACCUGGACGGUCUCCCAUGGCUGUCCUGGCAGGCAGUGCCUCUGAGGGCUGGCGCCGAACCAGGUCCAGGCAGCAGCGUGGUGGAGGAGAACUGGCCAGUGAGGUACUGGCUGUACUGAAGGUUGACAACCGUGUUGUGGGUCAGACAGGAUGGGGACAGGUGGCCGAGAAAUCCUGGGACCAGGCUUUUAACAUCUCCUUGGAUCGAGCACGGGAGCUGGAGAUCGGGGUUCACUGGCGGGACUGGCGGCAGUUGUGUGGCGUGGCCUUCCUGAAGCUUGAGGACUUCCUGGACAACACGUGUCACCAGCUUUCUCUCAGCCUGGUGCCGCAAGGAAGGCUCUUUGCCCAGGUAACCUUCUGUGACCCUGUCAUUGAAAGGAGGCCUCGGCUACAGAGGCAGAGACGCAUUUUCUCUAAGCGUAGAGGCCAGGACUUCCUGAGGGCUUCCCAGAUGAACCUCAGCAUGGCAGCCUGGGGACGCCUGGUCAUGAGCCUGCUGCCCCCCUGCAGCUCACCAAGCACAGUCAGUCCCCCUAAAGGGUGUCCCCCAACUGCGGCCUCUGGGACCUCCAAUUCUGCUUCCCCCAGUAAUUUCCUGCCCACGAAGACCCUCUCGGGAGAAGACAUGAAGCCUCCACCCAAACCCCCUCGUCUCUAUCUGCCCCAAGAACCAGCCCGGGACACUCCUUGUACCAAACGCCCCCACAUGGACCCUAGAACUGGAAUAGUGCCCACCCUGGCGGCCUCACCCACCAGGAAACCCCCCCGACUUCAGGACUUCCGAUGCUUGGCUGUACUGGGCAGGGGACACUUCGGGAAGGUCCUCCUGGUCCAGUACAAAGGAACAGGAAAGUACUAUGCUGUCAAGGCUCUGAAGAAGCAGGAAGUGCUGGGCCGGGACGAGAUUGACAGCCUGUACUGUGAGAAGCGGAUCCUGGAGGCUGUGGGUCACACAGGACACCCCUUCCUGCUGUCCCUCUUUGCCUGCUUCCAGACCUCUAGCCAUGCCUGCUUUGUUACUGAGUUUGUGCCUGGAGGAGACCUCAUGAUGCAGAUCCACGAGGACAUCUUUCCUGAGCCCCAGGCCUGCUUCUACCUGGCCUGUGUGGUCCUGGGGCUGCAGUUCCUACAUGAGAAGAGGAUCAUUUACAGGGAUCUGAAGCUGGAUAAUCUACUUCUGGAUGCCCAGGGUUUCCUGAAGAUUGCGGACUUUGGACUGUGCAAGGAAGGGAUUGGAUUUGGGGACCGGACGAGCACCUUCUGUGGCACCCCAGAGUUCCUGGCUCCCGAAGUUCUGACUCAGGAGGCUUACACUCGGGCUGUGGACUGGUGGGGGCUGGGUGUGCUGCUCUAUGAGAUGCUAGUGGGUGAGUGCCCAUUCCCGGGGGACACAGAAGAGGAGGUGUUCGAUUGCAUCGUUAAUGCAGACGCCCCAUAUCCCCACUUUCUAUCCGUUCAAGGGCUUGAGCUCAUUCAGAAGCUCCUCCAGAAGUGCCCAGAGAAGCGUCUAGGGGCAGGAGAGCAGGACGCAGAGGAGAUCAAGGUUCAGCCAUUCUUCAGGACCACCAACUGGCAGGCCUUGCUUGCCCGCACUGUCCGGCCCCCCUUUGUGCCUACUCUCUGUGGCCCCGCAGAUCUUCGCUACUUCGAGGGGGAGUUCACCAGCCUGCCGCCAACCCUGACCCCACCGGCACCCCAAAGUUCCCUCACCGCUCGCCAACAGGCUGCCUUCCGGGACUUUGACUUUGUGUCUCAGCGGUUCCUGGAGUCCUGAGGGUCUCCUGGCCCCUCUGCCUCCCUCUGCCAGAUUUCAAGAACUCGCCACUUGUCCAUGUGCCCAGGGCCAAGGUGUUUAAUGAACGUGUGGGGUUCCAGGUAGUGGCCGUGGGCUGCUGCUGGAGGCUUUCCUCAGUGUUACUGGGUGGCUGUGUCACUAGCCCUUCUGCUUCUUGGCAGUGCCCAGAUCAGCAGGCAAGGCCCCACAGCAGGACGGUUUGUCUUUAAUACUUGCCUUUAUAGAGGAUUAAAUUAAUAAAACUGUACAUUCGA